UGCAGACAUUUGAACCUUUCCUGAAGAAUAUUGUUGAAUUAUUAAAAACACUAUUCUAGAAAACUAUGUAUCAGAUUUUAUUGUAGAAGACACUCCUGCUGAUUAUUUUUUUCCUUAGGCAGAAUGUCUUUAUUUUUGCAUAUUUCAUUAAAAAAAAAAAAAUAAUUGCACCCUGAGACUGUGUUCAAAACAGGAGAAAAUCUGCAUAUGUAGGGUCUCCUUCAUAGAGCAGUGAGGUGCUUCCUCCUAAAUCCCUCUAAAAAGAAGUGCAUAGUUUUGAUCAAGUCCAUCCUCUGAGCAAUCUCUUAUUUCAUUUGCGCUGUGCACAGAUGUUCUACAAAGCUUCUAGAGAGCUAAUUAUUACAAAUCUUGUAAGAACCUUGUAAAACUAACAAUCAGCAUAUACCACAGAAAUGUUUAGUAUCUCGAAUAGGGUAGGAAAAGCAAAUGACCUAAGUUCUCUGAUUACUGUGUGGUAUCAGAGUGUCCAGUCACAAGAAACAAGGAAGAAAAGUUUCAUUAGGGGGAAGAAAAUAAACCUCAGGCACCAUGGCCUUAGACUCUCUCUUUUACACAGCUCUAAAAACUGUCUUUGACAGGAAUAAGUUUGAAUUUAAUUUGACUAAUUCCUCAAAAGGUUGGAAGUUUAGGAGGAUCUGAUAUUUGCAUGUAAUAUAAAAACAUGCCGAUUUUUGUCCUUAAUAAAUGUACCCUUUAUUAAACAAGGCCUUGCUUAAAAAUUAAGAUGAGUAAUCUGUUAGGUACGCUUCUCCUUCAAAACCAAUGCAUCAGCUGUUUAAAGAUGGGCUGGCAAGUGUGUGCAGGAUCUGUCACACGGUUUUCUAUGGUGUUUCCCAAGGUCCAUGAGGCUUUCCUCCAGCAGAGAAAAGGCACUUGGCGGGAGAGGUCUCUCCUGGCCAGUCGUAACCUGUGCUGCUCAGGCAAGCGGCGAGAGGGAAGGAAAGGGUUUAACCUUGUGUUAAUGGGAACUUGUUUAGUAGUCGCCCAUGGUCUUUUAAUUUUUAUGCAGUAAAGUGAAGAAAAUGGGAAGACAGAUCUUAGGAAGCCACCUGUGCGUGUGAAUGUUAACAAUGCCACUUGAGAGAAAAGCAAGUGGAACCACCAGUUUGCCAUAAUGUAAAGCUAAAACCCACAUAUAAACUCAUAAAAUUAUUCUACCAAGACUCAUUAAACAAAACUAAUUCUGUCAAAUUUUUUUUAAGAAGUUUUCUAUGGCAUGUGUUGAAGCAUGAGAGGAAACUAUUACAGUGCACGUCAUGCUUCUUGAUGACCCACUUGGAAAAUAUGUUCUUUUUCUGCUUGUGGGAGUUAAAUGCAAAGUGAAGUAGUUACCAGUACUGAUGGAUGUCAAAUGAAAUACACUGAGGCUUAUGGAAUUUUUGUUUGCAGGAGUUUGUCUCCUGAUAAGCAUCUGCAAUUCAAUAGAAUGUAAAUGGGACAAGUAAAAAGCAAUCUUUACAAUAUUUAACUUGCUCCUGGCUUCCACACCAACGCCUCACUCAACUUUAUUACGCAUUACAUGCAUCUAUAUGUAUAUGUAUGUUGUAGGAUUCUUUAUCUUUUAAAAUAAUUUUACUAUCAAAGCUGCUGUAAUUAGAGUGAAUUAGAUUGCCUUACAAAGAGCAGAUGAGUUCCUGGCUACCUACCUCUUCUUCUUUUUUCUUUUUUUUCCCCUCCCCCUCAUUUUUUUUUUAAAUCUCUGAAGGUUAACACUCCCUGAUGUAAAUGCUUCAUGCAGAGAACUCACUCUCUGGAUUUGAAAUCAUUUUGAAAGUGCAAAGUUAAUUUCAUUAUGUUCCAUGCUGUUCUGGUUUUGUCUGGGAUAGAGUUAAUUUUCCUCCUGGUUGCUGGUGCAGUGCUGAGGUUAAACCACAACACAUGCUUAAUUUUUAAAAUUAAUACAUGUUAGGAUUUAGCCAGGAAACUUCAAAAUUGAGUUCCAAGUUAAAGAAUUUCUAAAUGUUUAGGAAUAUUUCACCUGCCUGAAGAAACCUCUCAAAUAACAGAUGCAGUGUGUAAAACCACAUCAUCUUGUGUGAGGGGAAAAUAUUCAUAUCCAUUUCUAAUAUCAGUACAUGCUACAAGAAAAUGUGACUAGCAGAAUUCAUCUUUGGCAUAUUAUCCCUCUGCAGAAAAGAUGUGCAAACUGUAUUUUAAUUAUUCUACUUAAAUAUUAUACUUGAUACUUCUAAUAUAUUUCAGGUGGAACCCAUGACAUGCUUUGUGCACACAUUUUUACACGGGAACUUGGAUGUGUGGGAGUUAUUUGUUGCUCUGUCAUCAAGCCUUGUUUGGCUUGCCGAAGAUGUAGGCGUAACCCCAGGAUACAGUGGAACUGAGUGGUCAUCUCUCCAACAUUUUAAAAGGAUGAUAAUCGGGAGAGAAACACAGGGGUCCAGUCUUUUUAAUUCUCUUUAAAUAUAAAAGCUCUCAAUCAUAUAUCUGAGGUGCUUCGUUUCACCCCUCCAGUUCCUAAGCAACAGCUAUUUUCAGAUUGAGUGCGUCUGGUGUUGUCUACCUACUCCAUGCGUUUUGCGAGGUAAUUCGUCAGUGAAAGCUAGGCUUUUCACUGCCUCCCUUUGUCAUGGCAUGAUGAGGAGACGGAUGCUUUAGAGAAACGGAAGAAGAUUGGGUGUGACUGAUCUCAACCUUGCAGCUUGCAAAAAUCGUGUGCACACCGGGGAGCUCUGCCGUCUACAGCAAUGAAGCACUGGAGUCAGAAAUAAGGUUCUUGAUAUUGGUUUGGGAGAAGACUUUUUCUCGAGUGUGGAAAGACCUCUAGAGCAGAUUCAAAAUCAUGAGCCGGAAAUCUCUGUACUUGCUGAAGCGUAGGUGGGAGUCGAUUCCCGCUACUGACCAGUCUUCUGGUACCAGUAUCACAGUGGAUAUUGCUGUCAUGGGAGAAGCACAUGGACUCAUUACAGACCUUCUAGCAGAUCCUUCGCUGCCCCCCAAUGUGUGUACUUCACUGAGAACAGUGAGCAACCUGCUUAAUACGCAGUUAACCUUCCAGGCCAUCCACAAGCCACGGGUGAACCCUUUGGUGUCCUUCAGUGAGAACUACACCUGCUCCGACUCAGAGGAAUGUCCGGAGAAAGGAGAGAAACUAGCUAUUCCCAAGCGCUUACGGAGAAGUUUGCCUCCAGGGCUGCUGAGACGAGUGUCCUCAACUUGGACCACCACAACAUCAGCCACGGGAUUACCUACACUGGAGCCAGCUCCAGUGAGAAGGGAUCGCAGUGCCAGCAUCAAACCUCAUGAAUCAUCUUCAUCCAGUGCUGAUUCUUGGAACAGUUCAAUUCUGAUGACAAUCACAAAGAGCAGGUCCUUCUCCACCUCCUACGCUAUGUCUUCUACCAACCACCUGAAUGCCAAAAGGCAGAGCCGGCAAGGUGUCCCACAAAAUAUCUCACCUCUCACCUCCCCAUGCCAUUCACCGAUUCAGGGGACGCCUGCCACAAGUCCUACUGGAAAGUCAACUUCCGCAUCAUUUCCAGACUCUACAGAUACUGACACCAAGCAAGGCUUAAAGCCACACAAAGUCUUAACUGCCACUCAGAGUGCACCUAGCCUGUCAGACCCUAUUAUCAGCCCCUCUGUCAUCUGCCGCGGCUGUGGGAGACCCUAUAACCAAAUAGAGGCUGGUGAUGGGACACUAAAUAGAAGCGAUGGUACCACACACACCCUGAACAGAGCAGAUGAUCCUGCGCAAGCCACUUCUGACUAUGAGACCAACAACAGUGAUAGCAGCGAUAUUGUACAAAAUGAUGAUGAGACAGAUUGCUCCAAAGAGCAGACACGGAAGGGAUCCGUCUGCAGGACAUACGCACCUGAGACCAUCAUUCUGCAUCCACUGAUACCGCCUGAGGACAAGCCUAUACUUGCUCCUGAGCCUCUGAUUAUGGAUAACUUGGAUCCCCUGAUGGAGCAGCUAAAUAGUUGGAACUUCCCAAUCUUUGAUUUGGUGGAAAAAAUCGGAAAGAAAUGUGGUCGAAUUCUCAGUCAGGUAUCAUACAGGCUUUUUGAAGACAUGGGGCUGUUUGAAACCUUUAAAAUACCAGUGAGGGAAUUUAUGAACUACUUUCAUGCCUUGGAAUGUGGAUACCGAGAAAUACCUUAUCACAACCGAAUCCAUGCAACUGAUGUUCUGCAUGCCGUUUGGUACCUUACUACUCAGCCCAUCCCAGGACUCCCGACUGUGGUUAAUGAUCAUGGGUCAGCAAGUGAUUCAGAUUCUGACAGUGGAAUCACUCAUGGCCACAUGGGUUAUGUGUUUUCAAAGACAUACACCCCUACAGAUGACAGCUAUGGAUGCCUCGCUGGCAACAUCCCUGCCCUUGAACUGAUGGCUCUUUAUGUAGCUGCAGCCAUGCAUGAUUAUGAUCACCCAGGAAGGACCAAUGCCUUUUUGGUAGCAACGAGUGCUCCUCAGGCGGUGCUGUACAACGACCGCUCCGUCCUGGAGAACCACCAUGCUGCUGCUGCUUGGAACCUUUUCAUGUCAAGGCCGGAGUACAACUUCCUGGUCAACCUCGACCACGUGGAGUUCAAGCAUUUCCGCUUCCUCGUCAUUGAGGCAAUUUUGGCUACUGAUCUGAAGAAACACUUUGAUUUUGUUGCCAAAUUCAAUGCCAAGGUAAAUGAUGAUGUUGGAAUUGACUGGACUAAUGAGAACGACCGCUUGCUGGUUUGCCAAAUGUGCAUCAAACUGGCUGAUAUAAAUGGGCCUGCAAAAUGCAAAGAUUUGCAUCUGCAGUGGACAGAAGGCAUUGUCAAUGAGUUUUAUGAACAGGGUGAUGAAGAGGCUAGCCUGGGCUUGCCAAUCAGCCCUUUCAUGGAUCGCUCUGCUCCUCAGCUGGCACACCUCCAGGAAUCUUUCAUCACUCACAUUGUGGGACCACUAUGUAACUCCUAUGACUCAGCCGGGCUGAUGCCAGGAAAAUGGAUAGAAGAUAGUGAUGAAUCAGGAGACACUGAUGAGCACGAAGAGGAAGAAACAGCAGAAAUGGAAACUUGUGAAAAUGCUGAAUCCAGAAAGAAGUUCAAGAGGAGAAAAAUCUACUGUCAGAUCACUCAACACCUGCUUCAGAACCAUAAAAUGUGGAAGAAAGUAAUUGAGGAGGAGGAGAGGUUAGCUGGGACAGAGAAGCAAAGCGCAGAGCAAUCCACGCUGCACCAAUCUUCAGAACAAAUCCAGGCCAUCAGGGAAGAGGAGGAGGAGAAGGGGAAGCCCAAGAGGGACGAAGAGGAGAACGCAACUGUAGAACCGAACCAAUGACAAUAUUCACAGCAGUAUUUUAAGACAGAUUGACUCGUGCACAGACUCUUUCUCAAGCCAGCACAGCAUUUAGACACAACACUGUAGAAGUAUGGGAUAAUGCGCCUACAGCUGUUUAAUUUGUUUCUCUUUCCUUUUUAUGGUGAGGUACAUUGUUUAAACUCCUGUGCUCAAGGAAGCUUUCACACUGCAACACCGGCUUUUACAGACUUUCUUCAAAAAAAAUGUAGGGGUGGGUGGAAUUAUAUAAAUAUAUAUAUAUAUAGCCAGGGUUAUUGGCUGCACACUUCAGCAAAAUACAUUUAAUGAUACAUUAUGGUCACUGUGAUAUUUACAGAAGAAAGUUAUCUAAGGAAAUACUGCUUCUAAAGCACAUUUGCAGUUAACAGUAAGGUACCAGUUUAAGUAGCUUUUGCUCUUAAUGCUGAGGGAUAAAAGUUCCAAAGCUUUUUAUGAAUGCUGAUGUAUCCUGCCAACAUAUACGUGUGUGUGUGAAGGGGUGUUUGCAAGUGUGAAUGGAUGUAACGUGAUAUAGCAUAGUUCGGGUUUUUAUUACACUAGCUGUAGAAAAUGUCCCGAUACACAACAGCGAACAGAAGGCCUGAAUUUUAGAGGAUUUGUGACCACGGUGGAACAGGAGACCAUUCUGAAGAUCUUUGCGUUCCCUGUAGCCCUCCAAUCCCAGUUUGCACUCCAGUUGCAGGCAGCAGCCUUUCAGCAGGGGCUGUGGUGGCCUGGGCUGCUGGCCUGGCCCCAUCCGGCUGCGCAGGCUCUUCCUCCUCUUCUUCCUCUUCUUCCUCCUCCUCCUCCUCAGCACAUCCCAGACUGCUGGCGAAAGGGAUGUGCCAGGAAAUUUAUUUUCCAGAGGGGUUACAAGGGACUGUGUGUGAUGCCGGCCUGUUCCCCUUGCAUGGACCUGGCGCUCUGUGUCCUUCUGAGUGUGUGAGUGGCUGCGUGGGGCAGAGCGUGUGUUUGGGCAGGAGAGAGGAGAGAGCAAAUGUCUGUGUGUGCGCUUGGAAACUAGAGGCACGUGGUCACCUUCCUACCUUAACCUUGUGCCUCGGUGCAUCAGUGGCCAAAUACAUCAUUUAAGAAUGAAGCUAAACCACCAUCUACUGAGAGCAAACAAGGGGAGUGUGGGAGCCGUGCCCGUCCGCAAAUGAUGCAUUAGGAGCAGAGUGGUGGGGACAGGUGCCAGUCCUGCAUCGGCUGGCACUCCUAUGUCUCAGCAACUGCUCACAUGAGCUUCGGAGAACUUGUUUUUUCAGUGUGAGGUGCUGGAUGGGAGCAGUUUGUUGCUGGCCUUCUCUUUAGAAGCAGCGUGUUUGAUCCCACCAAUACACUUUUUUUUCUUUUUUCUUUAUUAAGAGAAAGGAAAAGAUCGGGCCUGUAAGAAGAAGAGGUCUUCUUUUGUUUUUCUGUUUAUUUGUUUUCUCUGUUGUUUAUGCUGUGAGCCAAAUGUCUAUUUAAGAGGUUGGAUAUUCACUUUCAAUAUUUUAUUUCACAAUAUUAUAUUUGUCAAUUAUUAGCUAUCUAGAUGUAAAUAUGGAAAAAUUUUUAUGGGUUCCUGUAGAUAAUGAUAUCUUUAAGAAAAAAAAAAAAAGGCAAGAGUUUUUUGUAAAGCUAAUUUUUUAAAAAAUAAAUACAAAAACAUUUUUAUACAGUGUAGCCAUUUCCAAACCCAACAGAUGAAGUCUUGAGAAAUUUGUAUAGACCCUUCUGGGAAGCCAGUGGUCUACAGGAUCAAGGCUUUAGCAUAUUAAUUCUCUUUGGGGCUGGCAGCACAAACCAGUACCACAAAAUUUAGAGGUUUGUUCCCACAAAAGUAAUUAUAUAAAGUUCAGUAUCUCUCAAAAAUUAUUUGACUACGUAUGCUUUUUAUAUUUUGAUCCUGCAGCCCCUUGCCAAGAAGAGGAUUGAUUGUGUGAGUAAAAAUGCUUGUGAAAGGAAGAGUUUGUAGAAGUCCUUUGUAUAUUAAAUUUCUGACAUUGCAUCCCUCAAUUUUUACUAUAGUUGUUCAUCCACAAUGUUUCAUGGUCCUAUUGAUACCUGCCCAAAAAUGUUGGAAAACUUUCUCACUCAAAGCCAAUCAGCAUGUGUGUUGUCACUUCAGAGUUUGGUUUUUUCUUUGCAUUUUACUUUCUCUGAGGUUUUUUUGCCUGAUAUCAUCCCAUCCUACUCUCGGCAGUAGAGAAGGUGUUUGCUGUUUGGCAGAGUGACUCCAGAGCAUAGCUCCGAAUGCUCUUAUCAGCAGAAAUAUUUAGUAAAUGUUUUUCAACGAAAUCACAAAAGCAAGAAUCCAAAUUGCACUAUUGUUUUAAAAGGAAAGGAUAUAGCAGAAUUUAUUCAAAAGGAAAAAAAUAUGUCUUCAAGAUCUCAGCUAGUCUCCACCAAUUCCAGCUUGCACUGUUCUCACACCUCUUUAGUCACUUUGAUUAAUUGUUAGGGGUUUUCUUGUACAAGUGAUAUGCAUACCUUAUAAUAUGUGAAGAAUUUAAUAUGCCUCAUUCUGACCUUUAAAAAUUAAACUUAUAGAGAUUAUUUAAAAUAUCACAUCUCGAAGCACUUUUUUUGCCAUUUUCAGUGCAUGAUCACUGGGAUUGGAUAUUUUAUCAUGAUUUCUAUAUUGUGUUUGCUAGAAGAAAAUGAAAAUACAUUAUUGCAGAAAGUGUUAGUGGGUGCUCAGGUGAUAAAAUUACGAAGAGGCAUUCAAAAAUGAGGCCAAAUCCUGCAAAUGGAGUAUGGCAUAUUCCUCUAAGCAGGCAUGCGCAGGUCUGAACCAAGAAAAAUUAUCCUAAAAAUGUGCUGAAAUGGAGUUAUUAUAUUUUUCCUAGUCAUCAUUUUUCGUUGCCAUUGGGUAAAAUGAGCAUCAGCUUUUAAUUUGUUAGGCUUGCUUUCUGUAUUGCCAAUGCAACUGUCACAAAUUGGUGCUGCAUUGCUACACAAGCCUGAUUGUGGGUGCAGUUUGAUUAACUCAGGUCUUUUCCAGUGAAGGAAUGGCUGACAGGCUUAAAAUCAUAAUGACUGUUGAUUUUAUCCCAACGGGAAGGAAUACCAGUGAAGAAGCUAAAGUAUCUGAUUUUCAGUCUUCGAAGCACAUUUCUGGCAGGCAAUGAUCAGGGAGUUUCCCAGGCCAGCUUAAAUACAACACCAAAAAAAAAGUACUAGAGAGAAUUUAUAUCAAACAUGUGAAUACCAGGUUUUUUUUGCUUUGGGUUUUUUGUAGUAGAUAAUGAAACAGACAGUAUUUUAGGGGGUUUUGUAAUAGAUUCUAGUCCAAAGGAGACAAAACAUUUUAACCUGCAGUUGCAACAACAUUUUGGAGGCUACACCUUUGGUGUUGCAAACCCCAAAUAAACCACAGCCUGUGCAAUAUUUUGGGGAAAAAAAUAAAGGAAGAAGAAUUGUAUUCUCUCAGCAAAGUGCUCAGCUUUCAGGUGGGAAGUUUUCAAUGUUGAUAUGGGUUUCUGGUAUGUCCAGUAUGCAAGGACAUUUGUUAAAUACUAGAAAAAGCAAGCCCUCUCUAAACAGUGUGUUUUGCAGUUAAAAAAAAAAUCACUUUUCAGUUCUUUAAAAAUAGGGAGAGAAGAGCUGAACUAUUUUUUCAAAUUGGAUUUUUUUUUCUCCACUGUAAUGUUGCUUGGCAGCUGAUCCUGUUCCCUUCUAGUCUAGAAGUUUGCCAUUCCCUCAAACAGGAGGCUUUUUGCACUGAUUGCAGCUCCCAGUGUAGUGAGAAGAGCACUGUCCAUCACAUAGCAAUCACAUGUAAACCAUUUUGUCCCCAUAUUUCCUGUUUGCUUGAUAGUCGCGUGCUGUUUACCAUGGAACAUAACUUCUUAUUAUGCUUGUGUUGCGGAAGAGACACGUUUAAGUAAAGAGUGAGAAAGUUCCAAACUACGUAUUUUGUUACUUUUUCUUAUAGGGACGAGUCUGAGACUUUGGUUUCCAAGAAUCCAAAAAUGCCCAUGUCUAGAAGUAAUAAUUUCCACCUUGUUCAAAGGGCCAUAGUUCACUAUUUAUGCUCUAAUUCUUGAGGGGAUCUGGCGUUUCUUGGUUCGUUUUGAGCCACAGUACAGAGCACGUUGACACUCAUCUCUGAAAAUCAGCAGCCUCCAGUUGAAAGACAGUGUUUGAUGUGGUGCUGCAAGUCAUGCAUUAGAAGUGAGUUGCAAGAAUCUACUAGGAAAAAAAGGGAUUCUCCUGUACUCUUGGCAGCAUUUUGAACGGCCCUUCUCUGUGAGUGUAAUCUUUUACGGAAAGCUGAGGAAUUGGCAGCCUGUCACCAAUGGCCUCCCCUGUGACCUUGUGCAGGGUGCUGGCUCUCAUAGCAUAGGUCACAUUCUGGCUGUAAAUGGUUCCCAGGGCGGGUGUAAUUUGGGAAAAUAUUUGUUGACAAUGCAAGGAUAGUUAUUCAUCAAUUUUUACCCUGAUGUCAGGUGUGAAUGUCUUUUUGCAUCUUCAUCCAGUUAAAAUCCAAGAUUGCAAUUGCUUAGGACCUUUUCAAUAGAUGCAUUUGGGACUUUUGCCCUUAGUGGACUACUGUUAGAAGUUCUGGGGAUCCUGAUCAUCUGAAUUUGGAAGGAAGUCUGUAAAGGUUCAGAUAGAUGCUUCUAAAAGUACAAUUUGGCACCUAAGAAAAUUCUGUACCCAGCUCCAUUUUUAUGCUUUCCAUGCAGGACAUUAAGAUUAUCUGUUUUCUUUAGAAAGUUCUCCUAAAUUUCUGUCUGGUUUUUACAUACUAAUUUUUUUUUUUUCUGAAAUUCUGUCCCCAUCUUUCUUUCUUCUUUCUGAAACUCCCCAGAAAAUAUAAUGCAGUGUGGAGAAGGGAGGGAUCUUGCCAAGCGGAGCAUCAGUCCGUGGCACAGCUCACGAGGACUGCCCAGCCUGUGCCCCUGUCCGGGAGCAUUUGCACCCAGUGCCAUGCCCAGGCUGCUGAGCUCUGAGCUGAGUAGGUGUGGGGUAGUUGGCAGUUUGGAUAUUUGGCAGCCUGAGCCCCACCAGCUUUUAGUGGGACUUGUGAUCUUUGAGAAUUCUAUCAGUUUUCAAAAUGAACCUUAGGCACUUUUGGAAAUUUUGCCAUAAGUAUGAUGCAGCAAAAAAAUUGUGCUUGGUCACAGGUACUUGUGCAAAGUCUCAUUAAUUAUCUGGCACAUCCUGCUUGGUCUGCAUGAUGUGAUCCUGUGCUGCUGAUGGUGAGGGCUUUGUUGUUGAAGAAGAUGGUUGCAGGUUUGAGCUCACCCUCUCACUGACUUUCCACAGGCACAGAUGAGCUGGUCAGUGUGAUCCUGGGCACCCCAGCAAACCCAGUUGUGCCCAGGGCUGCGAUCCAGAGAAAGCACAAGGUGCCUGACCAGCAAAUGCCCUGGGGAGAUGCACCAACUGAUUCAAGUGUGGGAGAGGCAAUGCAGAUGUGCUGUGGAUCAUUCUAGAGCUGAGCCAUCUGAUAGACAUAGUGAUCAAUAGGUUGGGAGGGCAGCAAUGACAGAACAUGGCUUUUCUCUCUCUGAAAGAGUACUUUUGACUGUUGGAAAACCUGUAGUUCAUAAAAACAUGUAAUAUUUGCUAUUACUUUUGCAAGUACUGUCAUGGUUGAGACGUUCCAGCAUUACGUGUUUAAGGAAGAAAGCUUUCAAUUUAAGGAUGAGUACGAGAAUUUUGUGAGCAUCCCACGACAUCAUGGGCAGAAGGUCAGAUCAAGGCAUGUGCCCAGAGCAGAGAACCUGCCUCCCCCAGGUCUGCUGCAGGCCCUGCAGCUGGGGGGCAGGCACAGGGGGCCACUCACUCUUCCCAGUCUCAGGCCUGGGCACCGGCCUGAGAACUCGGGUGUUCCUCAGCAGGCAGCACAGCGCUGGUGUGAUUAGUCCUCAAGCUGGUGGGGUUGUGGACAUAUGGGGGGAAGUUGAACUGGCAAUUCAUAGAGAGGAGAAAAGCAAAUUGCAGUCCAGCGUGAAACGGACUUUAUGUAACGCACUUAAUUUUCCUUUUAUUUCAAAAGCAAAUGUAAUCCCACCGGAAUGAAGUAACCAUGGAGUUUCUGGGGGUUUAGUUACUGUUUGAUGUUGCAGCAUUGGUGAAAAUGCAUUAAAGAGAAUUGUUCCCAUUAGCUAGGGUGGGGAAAUAUUUUAUUUUUUUUUUUCAUAUUUUUAGGUGAAUCAACAAAUAAGAAUGUUGAGGCCUACUGAGGAAAAUGUUUCUGAACAAAUGGGGGAAUAAUUGAAAUUAGGCAACAGCUGCUUUAAGCAAUCAUUGGAAGAGCUAGCAAAAAUAUUGAUUAUUGGAGCCAAACUUUGAAUUAGGGCAAAAUAGCACAAGUACUUUUGAGAGCAACUUAAUAUGAUAAAUCUUCCUUUGAAUUCCAUCAGAUUUAGCAAAACAACAUUCCUCUGGAGGUAAAUCAAAGCAGGGGUUUAGCCCCUGCUGUGGUAGUUAUUGAAUCCCAGUGUUGGAGGGAGUAGUGCGAGAGUUAUCCUCCUUUUACAUCCUAAUUAUGAUUUAUUCAGAGGCCAUUAGUGGGAUUUUCCUGGCAGGCAGGUGUUCUCUUGAUUAAAAAUACAUUGUGCCUCCUCAGUAGAACACAGAUGCCCGUGUGAGCACCUGCCUGAAUUCCUAGGACAAUACAAGCUCCUCAGGAGCCUGUGGGCACAAGAGUGCAGGUGUAUAUUUGGAGAGCCCAUUUUCACAAUGGCAAAAAUGGAGCAAAAGCUCGAGCUAGUUAACACUAUUUCUUUGAUAAAACUGAAACAACAGUAAGCAUUGGGCAGUUUGAAAGCUUGCCAGUGUCACUUGAUGUGUAUGCAAAAACUUCCCAGAGUGCUUGCAUAUGUAAAACUAUUCCUUCUGGAAAGCGAUGAGUUCAGGUAAAACCAACUGGCCUUUGCUGUGGUCUGUUGAGCUCGAAGAUUUGGUCAACCAAGAAGAAUUUUUGACUGAAGUAGUUUCAUUCUCCCUCAUUAAGGAAAACUUUGCUUGGUGCUGGAGGAGGGGAAAAAAACCAAUAAUAUAUAUUUUAGUUGAGCUUUUCAGGUGGCUAGGCUGUGCCAGUUUUUUCUUACUUCUGAAGCUGUGCUUGCUGUAUGUCUGAGGUGUGGAAACGGGGAAACAGGUGAGACUUGUUCUGCUGUGGAUGGCUUAUGGGAUCUGCGCACACCAAGGAGCACCGCCGAAAUCUGCAGGUGUGCAAAGUAGUGUGUCCCAGCAAUGAGUUAGAUGGGGAAACCCAAAUAUUUCACUUUUCUGUCUGUGUGGAAGCACAAGAGCAGGUAUAAAGGACUUUGCCAUAGCUGAAGACCAUGUAUCCUUUCAUGAUUGAAUUCUCUUGUCCUGAUUAAAACAAACAAACAAACAAACAAACAUAAAAAUCAGAUCAAAUAAGGAAAAUACAGCGUGUGCUGUGGCCCUCAGGCUCACAGAGGGAGCUGGGCUACCACAGUUGGCCUGCAGAUGGCCUGGGGUCCCAGGAAGGAACUGACAGGCAGUAAAGAACAAAUGCCGAAUUUCAGAGGGCUGUUCUCAAAGUAGCCAGAGAAAUACCUUGGAGUAAUGUACGCCCACUGAAUGCCCACCUCGCUGUGGUUUGCUCACAGCAGUAGCCCCAAGGCAGUGGGAUUAGAUGCUCUGGUUUUAAUGCCGUCUUCCUUUACUACAGCAAACACAAACAUUGAAUAUGAAUUAGCAAUUGCUCAUUUAUUUGAAAUAUUUAUUUAAAGGACAUUGAGGAGGUUUUGUGGGUUUUGUUGUUGUUUUUUCUCCCUUGACCCUAGUCGUUUUGCCUCCAUGCUUUCACGAAAUAAAAGGAAAAUUAAAAAAAAGGUCUGUAAUCUUUGUAAUCUGAUCAGAGAGAAAAGAGUGAGGGGUUUGCCUUGUGUGUGCAUGCUGCGUAGGGCAGAAAGCCUGUCACCUGUUAAAGCUAUCCUUCCUUCUCAAAAUUCCUGCCUGAUUCUGACACAUGAUGAAAUCUGUAUUUGAAUGCAAAACUUUCAUUUCUAGAUAUUUGUAAACCUUAAUACAGUAGUGCAGAUGGUAUCCUAAGAGAUCAAAGACAACGUUAAUAACUGCUAUGUGGUGUUGAUUAUAUUUUUAGUAUUUCAAUCAUGUCAACAUACAUUUGGUCAUUACUUUUCUGAAGUUAAGUCAUCUUUUCUUGAGUAAUUGAUAUAAGAUGUUUGCAUGAUGGAGAGUAAUUUAAUUUCACUUUUAAAAAAGAUGUGAUUCAUACUGUAGGUUAUGUUUGUUCAACAGAUUAAUAUUUUCACUGACAGAUGGCAGUUCUUUUUUUCUUUGUAAUGCUUUUGAUAGAAGAACAUUUGAUAGAAGGACAUUUUCCAACAGAAACACAUUUUGUAAUCUUUGCCUCUAGUUGUGGAAGUAGUACCUUUCAAAAAUAAUUGUUUUCCAAUACAGUUUGGCCAUCUGGGUAACAAUAUGCAAGUACAUAUAUCACAUACGAGAUGUGAUUAAAAUUAAAAAAAAAAAAUCCCAUUUUGUUGAAAGUAUUCAAGAAAUUAAUCUUGCAAGGUCAAAACCCUUUCUGAGUAAAAAUUUGGGGUGUGUCAAUCUAAUUGAAGCACUUGAUCCCUCACCAGAUUUUGGAGCCAAAUCAUACAAACUUUGUAUUUUCAAAUUCACAUGAGGCUAACCGAAGUUUUUUUACUUCAGAAAACACUGACGAAUUUGGUCACCUUACAUCCUAUCCUAAGAGGUUUGACUCAUGGCCUGUGACCUCCGGGCACUGCGCUUCAGACUCAGCUCUAGUAGCAAGUUUCCACAGUUUACCCAUGUACUUCAAAAUUAAUCCCUCUUGAUUUUUUCACUUUGAAAGAUGCAGGGGAGGGGGGAGGAAUGUGAUUUUAUAUGACUCUAUUUGAAAAGGGUUUUGUGUACCCUUAUAAUUCUUUUGAAGCAAUAUUUUAAAACAUAACUGCCAGCCAAAGUGGCAAUGCAGAAAAGUGCCAUCUUGUUCAGGAUUUCUACACGCCAGUUUUUAACACAGUGUUCUUUUCACUAAGUACUACAUACAUUAAUUUAUAUUUAUAUAUUGUCAAUAUUGUUGUAACCAAGCUUCUCCUUUUUAAACACUUCAGGAACAAGGCCUUGUAUUUUUAGGUGAUUUUCUUAAACAGAAUAAUUCUUUUCCUUUCACUAGUAUCUUGCACUUGAUACAUGUAGCAAUACCUAAUAUAUUCUCUUCACAAGUAUUUGUUAAGUGAUUUAGUUAAUGGCUGAUAAAUGUUUUGUACAAAAUAGAUUCUGUACAGGAAAAAAAUCUUUUAGAUAAACAUUAUUUAUUUUUACUGUUUUGUAAGUUAGACACUAUAAUGAAGCUCCUUUUUGCCAGAAUUACUGGAAGUGCCUCUUGGUAAAAUGUAUUAUACAGUAAAUAUGUAUUCAAAAUUAUUAGAAAUACUUGUCACAAAAUGAACAAUGUGGAUGUUGCAAUGUGAAGACAAAUGUACAACAUAAAUAUAAUUCUGUGGUAUCCUG